UCGCUUGGAAUCAUCAAUCACUUAAUCGAUCCUCCCUCUCUGAGUACACAACCUUACCCACUCCCUGAAACCGAAGGAAGGAAAAGAGAAACACCAUGUCUAAGCCAACCAUCAUUAUUGUCCCCGGCGCAUGGCAGAAGCCCUCCGCCUUCGCCGGGAUCGUCGAGAAGUUCCAGCAGGCCGGAUACCCCACGGUCCACGUCCCUGUCCCCACCACCGGCGGUGUUGCUCCUACCGGCCUCAAGGAUGAUGUCGAGGCCGUGCGAAAGGUGCUGGUCCCUCUGGUCGAGGAGGGAAAGGAGGUCGUGGUGAUUGGCCACUCCUCCGGCGGCAUCUCCAUGAGCGGCUCGGUGGAGGGCUACGACGCCGCGAGCAGGACGGCAGCUGGGAAGAAGGGCGGCGUGGUGAAGUGUAUUUUUCUGGCCGCGUUUGUCCUGCCCAAGGGCCAGAGCUUGCUGGGGAUGCUGGGAGGGCAGCCUCUGCCGUGGAUGGUUGUCGAGGCCGAUCGUGUCAGUGGCAACCCGGACAUGAUCCCGCAGGUCGGCUUCAACGACUUGUCUGCGGAAGAGCAGAGCAAGUGGGCCAAGGAGAUGACCUAUACCUCUGCCGCGCUCUUCGCCACACCGGCCGAGUACGAGCCGUGGGCCAGCGGCAUCCCGUGCGCCUACGUUUACACGUCAGAGGACCACGCCCUGCCGUUGCCCGUGCAGCAGGGCAUGUCUUCGCAGCUUGGGCCCGAGGCCAAGACGGCCACCCUGAAGGCCGGCCACUGCCCCUUUCUGAGCAUGCCUGACGGCCUUGUCAAGGCUGUCGAGUCGGUCCUCUAA